AUGAGCAUUCAGGAUAAAAUUACUACUCAGCAAGUGAAAAAUUUUAUUAUUAAAAUAAAUGAGAUAGGCUAUAACCAUCGUCCGUCUGGGGGCAGCUGGAGUGGCAGCUGCAGCCAGGAAAGGCGCGAGGCUACGCCGACUGGACGCAGAAGUAGAACACUUCAAGAUUUAUUGAAGCCCUCCAACCCCAUUUUCCCGACUACACUCGCACACGCACGUUCACACUUUUUAUUUGCCAUAAUCAACCGUCCAGACCCUGUAAAGAUCUCUUUCAAGAACACACGUUUUCUCAUAACUCACAACCCCACCAACGCUACUCUCAACAAAUUCACAGAAGAUUGGACCUCUGAUAAUGGAGCUCCACCCCCUAAUCAAAUAGUAGAUGACUGGCUAAAGCUGUCAAAAACCAAAUUUCGUGAAGAGCCAGAUUGCUGUGUCGUAGUGCGUUGUGUGGCAGGAUUGGGAAGGGUUCCUGUGCUAGUGGUACUUGCAUUGAUUGAAGGUGGAAUGAAGUAUGAAGAUGCUGUUCAGUUUAUAAGACAAAAAAGAAGGGGAGCAUUCAAUUCCAAACAGCUGCUUUUCUUGGAGAAAUACCGACCUAAAAUGCGAUUACGCUUCAGAGAUACCAACGGGCAUUGCUCUGUUCAGUAGAAGUAGAGGAAGGCUUACUGGAUCGUGGCAUUAGAGGGAACUCUUGGUACCUGGAAAUGUGAAUCUGGAAUCUUACCUGUGUCAUCAAAGUAGUUCAAUGCUCCUCAACUCCUAAUGAUUGAGAAGAAAGCAAACAAUAAAUCCCUCUGUAAUACGAAUAAAAU